AUGUAUCAAAAAUGCCAUUGCAAAUGUGUUUGUUUUUCUUUUUUCUGUUUCUUCUAUUUUUGCUCUCCUUUUCUUCUUCUUUUUCUUCUUCUUUUUCUCCUUCUUCUCAUUCUUCUCUUUUUUCUUCUUUCUUUUUCUCCUUCUUCUUCUCCUUCUUCUUCUCCUUCUUCUCUUUCUUCUUUUUCUUUCCUUUUCUUCUUCUUCUUCUCUUUCUUCUUCUUCUUUCUAUUUCUCCUUCUUCUUCUCCUUCUUCUCUUUCUUCUUUUUCUUUCUUUUUCUUCUUCUUCUUCUCCUUCUUCUUUUUUUUCUUCUUUUUCUUCACCUUCACUUUUUCUUUUUUUUUAUUCUUCUACUUUUCUUCCUCUCUUUUCAUUUUUUUUUCUUUUGCCACUUUUUUUUGUAACCCUUUUUCUUCUCUUCUUUUUCUUCUUCUUCUUCUUCUCUUUCUUCUUUUUCUUUCUAUUUCUCCUUCUUCUUCUCCUUCUUCUUCUCCUUCUUCUCUUUCUUCUUUUUCUUUCUAUUUCUCCUUCUUCUUCUCAUUCUUCUUCUUCUUCUUUUUCUUCUUUUUCUUCACCGUCAUUUUUUCUUUUUCUUUAUUCUUCUACUUUUCUUCGUCUCUUUUCAUUUUUUUUCUUUUGCCACUUUUUUUGUAACCUUUUUCUUCUUUUUUAUUUCUGCUCUCUUCUCUUCUUCUUCUUCUUCUCUUUCUUCUUCUUCUUCUUUCUAUUUCUCCUUCUUCUUGCCCUUCUUCUUCUUCUCUUUCUUCCUAUUCUUUCUAUUUCUCCGAUCUCUCUAUCUAUAUUGGAGUUGUACCUGUCUAUUUUGAACUUUUAUAUAUCUAUCUAUUUUGAACUCUUAUCUAUUCAUUUGUGUAUCUAUUUUGAAUUUGUACCUUUCUAUUUUGAACUUUUAUCUAUCUAUAUUUUUUGA